AGAGAGAGGAGGCGUGCAAAACUUGUCCCACAGGACCCUCAGACCGUCUCCAAAUACAGCCUCCGCGUGACAGGAAUGAGGGUGGGGCGAGUGGUGUUUUCUACAGUCUGUACUUUAGUGAAAUACCCGAGAAGUCGCCCUUCCAGAUGCCCUGCACCUGUGACCACAGCUCUCGAAGGCCCUAGCAGCCCUGCCCCUCAGCCCUCUCCCAUUAGUUCUCAGUGGAGUUGCAUUUCUGCGCGCCCCGCUACCCCCGUCUCCUCGCGGAUUCAUCUGUGUGUGCUGUGGAACUCAGGAUACCUGGGCAUAGCCUACUAUGACACUAGUGACUCCACCAUCUACUUUAUGCCAGAUGCCCCAGACCACGAGAGCCUCAAGCUGCUCCAGAGAGUUCUGGAUGAAAUCGAUCCCCAGUCUGUUGUCACGAGCGCCAAACAGGAUGAGAAUAUGACGCGGUUUCUGGGGAAGCUUGCCUCCCAAGAGCACAGAGAGCCUAAGAGACCUGAAAUCAUAUAUUUGCCAAGUGUGGAUUUUGGCCUGGAGAUAAGCAAACAGCGCCUCCUUUCUGGAAACUACUCCUUCAUCCCAGACUCCAUGACUGCCACUGAGAAAAUCCUCUUCCUCUCCUCCAUCAUCCCCUUUGACUGCCUCCUCACGGUUCGAGCACUUGGAGGGCUGCUGAAGUUCAUGGGUCGAAGAAGAAUCGGGGUUGAACUGGAAGACUAUAACGUCAGCGUCCCCAUCCUAGGCUUUAAGAAAUUUGUGUUGACCCAUCUGGUGAGCAUAGAUCAAGACACUUACAGUGUUCUGCAGAUAUUUAAGAGUGAGCCUCACCCCUCAGUGUACAAAGUGGCCAGUGGACUCAAGGAGGGGCUCAGCCUCUUUGGAAUCCUCAACAGAUGCCGCUGUAAGUGGGGAGAGAAACUGCUCAGGCUAUGGUUCACACGUCCAACCCAGGACCUGGGGGAACUAAAUUCCCGUCUGGAUGUCAUUCAGUUUUUCCUGUUACCCCAGAAUCUGGACAUGGCUCAGAUGCUGCAUCGAUUGCUGGGUCACAUCAAGAACGUGCCUCUGAUUCUUAAACGCAUGAAGUUGUCCCACACCAAGGUCAGUGACUGGCAGGUUCUCUACAAGACAGUGUACAGUGCCCUGGGCCUGAGGGAUGCGUGCCGCUCCCUGCCCCAGUCCAUUCAGCUCUUUCGGGACAUUGCCCAAGAGUUCUCUGAUGACCUACACCACAUUGCCAGCCUCAUUGGGAAAGUGGUGGACUUUGAGGGCAGUCUUGCUGAAAAUCGCUUCACAGUCCUCCCCAGCAUAGAUCCUGAAAUUGAUGAGAAAAAACGAAGGCUGACAGGACUUCCCAGUUUCCUCACUGAGGUGGCUCGGAAGGAGCUGGAAAAUCUGGACCCCCGUAUUCCUUCAUGCAGUGUCAUCUACAUCCCUCUGAUUGGCUUCCUUCUUUGUAUUCCCCGCCUGCCUUCCAUGGUGGAGACCAAUGACUUUGAGAUUGAGGGUCUGGACUUCAUGUUCCUCUCAGAGGAGAAGCUUCACUAUCGUAGUGCUCGAACCAAGGAGCUGGAUGCAUUGCUGGGGGACCUGCACUGCGACAUCCGGGACCAGGAGACCCUGCUGAUGUACCAGCUGCAGUGUCAGGUGCUGGCACGGGCAGCUGUCUUGACCCGGGUGUUGGACCUUGCCUCCCGCCUGGACGUCCUCUUGGCUCUUGCCAGUGCCGCGCGGGACUAUGGCUACUCAAGGCCCCAUUACUCUCCACGGCUCCUUGGGGUACGAAUCCAGAAUGGCAGGCAUCCUCUGAUGGAACUCUGUGCCCGAACCUUCGUGCCCAACUCUGCAGAAUGCGGGGGGUACAAAGGGAGGGUCAAAGUCAUCACUGGACCCAACUCCUCAGGGAAGAGCAUAUACCUCAAACAGGUAGGCUUGAUCACAUUCAUGGCCCUGGUGGGCAGCUUUGUGCCAGCAGAGGAAGCCGAAAUCGGGGCAGUAGACGCCAUCUUCACCCGAAUCCAUAGCUGUGAAUCCAUCUCCCUUGGCCUCUCUACCUUCAUGAUCGACCUCAACCAGCAGGUGGCGAAAGCAGUGAACAAUGCCACCGAGCGGUCGCUGGUCCUUAUCGAUGAAUUCGGAAAGGGAACCAACACGGUGGAUGGGCUCGCGCUUCUGGCGGCCGUGAUCCGACACUGGCUGGCGCUUGGGCCCACGUGCCCCCACGUCUUCGUGGCCACCAACUUUCUGAGCCUCAUUCAGCUACAGCUGCUGCCGCAGGGGCCCCUCGUGCAGUAUUUGACCAUGGAGACCUGUGAAGAUGGGAAUGACCUUGUCUUCUUCUAUCAGGUUUGCGAAGGUGUUGCCAAUGCCAGCCAUGCCUCCCACACAGCUGCCCAGGCUGGGCUUCCUGAGAAGCUCGUUGCUCGUGGCAAGGAGGUCUCAGACUUGAUCUGCAGUGGAAAGCCCAUCAAGCCUGUCAAGGAGCUGCUAAAGGAGAAACAAAUGGAAAAUUGCCAGACGUUAGUAAACAAGUUUCUGAAACUGGAUUUGGAAGAUCCCAAUCUGGACCUGGACAUUUUCAUGAGUCAGGAAGUGCUGCCUGCUGCCACCACCAUCCUCUGAGAGUCCUUCCUGGGCUCUCCUCCACAUCCCAAACCCCGGGAGGCUGCCAGGCCCUCUUUGUUUCCUUACUUCCUUCACACCCAGAGUUCUCAGUUUCCCUGGAAAUUUUGUUUCAUGUUAGUAAUAAAGUUUAUUUUGGAGAA